AUGAGAUUUAGUAAAGGAAAUCGCCCAUUUUUAGUCCUCAGCCAGGCAGGGUACAAGUCGUUGUCAAGGAAAUUUGAGAGAAAAACUGGAAAAAAACAUGGACUAAAACAGUUGAAGAAUAAGUACAUAAGCUUGAAAAAAGAGUGGCAGGCGUGGACAAAGUUGAUGGAUUCAAGUAAGGGACUGUCCGGGAUAGGCUUUGACUAUGACACCGGUUUGUUUCAGGCACCUAACGAGUGGUGGGACAAGAUGGAAUCAAUCAACAAGGUGUGUGCGAAGUUCAGGAAAAAAACUUUGGAACACCGUGACUUGAUGGAGACGGUUUUCAUGGGGGCAUCAGCUACUGGGAAGCACCAUUGGACCCCGGGAGAGAUCCUCCCUGAAGCUGAUGAGCCUCAUCUGAUUCAGUGCGUAGUUUGGGAGCGCAGCCAUUUGCUGAUCCGAUACCCGCAGGAGUACAGGGCGUGA